CUCCCUCAGCACCAGCCGCAGCGGCGGCGGCGGCGGCGGCGGCAGCACCAGCAUCAGCAUCAGCAUCAAAAGCAACAAGAGCAGCGAAGGCAGUGGCUGCAGACCCCAUCACUGGUCCAAGGAGCAGCAUCCGCGGUGCGGCGCCGGGAAGCUGCUGCUGAAGCUCCUGCAGGUGCGCGCAGAGGCGGGGAGCUCUGCUACCCCUCCUCAGGAGAAUCAGCCCCUCGUGAGGGGCACAGGGGAGAAGAGAGGUGUGGGCGCCGCCCAGCCGGAGUGCACCAAGUCCCGAGCCCGUCUGGUGCCCCUUCUCAACCCCAGCGGCCACAGCAACGGCGACUUGCCCCCGGGGGGCACCAUGCGGGAAGAGCCCGUGUGAUCCACUCGCAGCCUCCCCGCCCUGUGGGUGCAGAGGCGCCCCGUAGCCCGUGCUCGAGCCCGGAGCUCCCGGCUGACAGCAGAGCGGCGCCCUGGAGCUAUGAGCCAUGAAGCCGCCUGGCAUCAGCGCCCUGCGGCAGCCCUCCCCAGGCUGCAGCUUGUUCGCCGCCGCCUCCUCUUCUUCCUUCGGCACUACCGCGACUUCUUUCCCUUCUUGCUGGCAGUCGCCUCCCUUGCUGCUGCACACCCUCUGCCGCCUCCGCCUUCUCCUUCUCCUGCAGCUGCUCUCCGGUUCCUUCUGGUCCCAGCCCUGGGGGGCUGCUGCAGCCAGCGCUUCAUACUGGAAUGAAACUGCAAAGGAAACUACUGGGGUUCUGGCAGAUGAAGAGAAUGCAUUUCAACAGAAUAGCAGCAGGCGCAAUAAUAACAGUUACAGUAGUGCAGUGCAGAAAGAAAUCACCCUGCCUUCAAGACUGGUAUAUUAUAUCAAUCAAGAUUCUGAGAGUCCUUACCAUGUCCUGGAUACCAAGGCAAGACACCAGCAAAAACAUAACAAGGCUGUGCAUCUGGCCCAGGCAAGCUUUCAGAUUGAAGCUUUUGGCUCCAGAUUCAUUCUUGACCUCACACUGAAUAAUGGCUUGCUAUCCUCUAAUUAUGUAGAGAUUCAUUAUGAAGAUGGAAAACCACAGUACUCUAAGGGUGGAGAACACUGCUACUAUCAUGGAAAUAUCAGAGGCAUCAAGGACUCCAAAGCUGCAUUGUCAACAUGCAAUGGACUGCACGGCAUGUUUGAAGAUAACACUUUUAUGUAUAUGAUAGAACCACUGGAGUUAAUCCACAACACAAAAAGCACAGGUCGACCACAUAUAAUUCAGAGAACACUAGGGGGACAUACUUCAAAGCAGCUGAAGAAUUUGAGCAUGGAAGAGCAUGACCAGUGGCCCUUUCUAUCUGAAUUACAGUGGUUAAAGAAAAGGAGACGAAAGAGGAGAGCUGCACCUCGUGGAGUGUUUGAAGAAAUGAAAUACUUGGAGCUUAUGAUUGUCAAUGAUCAUAAAAUGUAUAAGAAAUACCGGUCUCAUGCACAUACCAACAACUUUGCCAAGUCUGUGGUCAACCUUGUGGAUUCUAUUUACAAGGAACAAUUGAAUACCAGGGUGGUAUUGGUAGCUGUGGAAACAUGGACAGAGAAGGACUACAUUGACAUUCGAUCUGAUCCCGUCCAGAUGCUCCACGAAUUCUCCAAAUACCGUCAACGAAUAAAACAGCACGCGGAUGCUGUUCACCUCAUCUCGCGUGUGAUAUUUCACUUUAAGAGAAGUAGUCUGAGUUACUUUGGAGGUGUUUGUUCCAAGACAAGGGGAGUUGGAGUAAAUGAGUAUGGUCUUCCAAUGGCAGUGGCACAAGGAUUAUCCCAGAGUCUGGCACAAAACCUUGGAAUCCAGUGGGAACCUUCUAGCAGAAAGCCAAAAUGUGACUGCACCGAAUCCUGGGGUGGAUGCAUCAUGGAGGAAACAGGGGUGUCACAUUCUCGGAAGUUCUCAAAAUGCAGCAUUUUGGAAUAUAAGGACUUUUUACAAAGAGGGGGAGGAUUCUGUCUUUUUAACAGACCAACAAAGUUGUUCGAAGCCACUGAAUGUGGAAAUGGCUAUGUGGAAGCAGGAGAGGAAUGUGAUUGUGGUUUCCACGUGGAAUGCUAUGGUGUGUGCUGCAAGAAAUGCUCCCUUUCAAAUGGAGCACACUGCAGUGAUGGACCUUGUUGUAACAGCACAACCUGCCUUUUUCAGCCACGAGGGUAUAACUGUCGAGAAGGAGUAAAUGACUGUGACAUUACUGAAACUUGCACUGGAGAUUCUGGCCAGUGUCCACCCAAUCUUCAUAAACAAGAUGGAUAUUCUUGCAAUUCCAAUCAGGGCCGUUGCUACAAUGGGGAAUGCAAGACAAGGGAUAAUCAAUGCCAGUUCAUCUGGGGAAGCAAGGCUGCCGGGUCUGACAAAUUCUGCUACGAAAAACUUAACACAGAAGGCACUGAGAAAGGGAACUGUGGAAAAGAUGGAGAUCGAUGGAUUCAGUGCAGCAAACAUGAUGUGUUUUGUGGCUUUUUGCUCUGUACCAAUCUUACUCGAGUUCCACGAAUUGGUCAACUUCAGGGAGAAAUCAUUCCAACUUCCUUUUAUCACCAAGGUCGAGUAAUUGACUGCAGUGGUGCCCAUGUUGUUUUAGAUGAUGAUACUGAUGUAGGGUAUGUGGAAGACGGAACUCCAUGUGGCCCAUCCAUGAUGUGUCUUGAUAGAAAGUGCCUCCAGAUUCAGUCCUUAAACAUGAGCAGCUGCCCCCUUGAUUCCAAUGGCAAAGUUUGUUCAAAUCAUGGGGUGUGUAGUAAUGAAGUCACCUGCAUUUGUAAUAACACCUGGGCAGGGACAGACUGCAGCAUCCGAGAUCUUAUCAAAAAACCUCCAGCCUCAAAGGAUGAUGGACCCAAGGGGAGCAUGGCCACAAGCAGGCUAAUAGGUGCAGUGGCAGGGACCAUUCUGGCCCUGGGGGUGAUUUUUGGAGGCACAGGGUGGGGAAUGGAAAAUGUCAAAAAGAGAAGGUUUGAUCCAAGUCAGCAAGGCCCCAUCUGAAGCCACUGCACUGGAUCAGCUCCCCCUUGUACUUUGGAAUUCUGGGUAUGAAAUCCUUGCAGUCGAAAUGCAGGAACUGCUAAGUCGAUAAAGAAGAACCCUGGGUGAUGACCAGAAAACUAAAGGUGGGGUGAAGGGACAAGGGAUAAGAAAACUGUCCGUUUUGGAGAUAAGUUCAAAUACUGAUCCCUUCCCUACACCUGUCAUCAAAGGAGGGGGAAAAGACAAUUCAGGCAUUAGAAGGGGAAAAAAACCUUUCAGAUAUGUUUGUGGUUUUGUUUUGUUUUUGUUUUUGUUUUUCUAAAUGGAAGGAAGAAGGGGCAAAACCAAAUCAAGUGCAAUAAAAGGACCAUUUCACAAAAAUCAAACAGCAGAUGAUUUUUUCCUCUCAGCCUGCUGACACUCAGAAUCCUUGAAACGAGCGGCAUGACUUUUUGUUUUCUUUUCAUAUUGAUGACAACUCCAGCGGCAUGAAGAACUAAUUUUGAAAGGGUAUAAACUGCAUGGCGUAUAUACAACAAGUUCACAAGCCAAUCCUCAGCAAAACCUGCAACUGAAUUCAUAAAGUGAAGAGAACAUGUGAACUUAGAGAAGCUGAUUUGGGGCUCAUUUCAUAUAGGGACCUCCUCCAUUAACUAUAUAAACAGUGCUCUUGUGUGCUCUUCUUCUUUCUUUCUCUUUCUUCUUCUUUCCCUCCAUCCCCCCUCCCUCCCUCUCUCUGUCUCCUUCCCUCUCUCCCCUUCUCC